UGCGCCAUGCGUAUAUCAGGUCUUCCAUUGGUACUGCCUCUGCUGUGUUUGCCCACAGCUGCCUUGGGCUGCUUGCAAUGUGACGAACAGUUCAAGGAAAAUGUGGAAAAACUCCGGACGAUCGUCGUACCGCGCCAGAUCCAUGACACUCGCAUCAAGGGACGAGCUGAAGUUCUCCUUGAAGACCUUGAAAAAAACUUUUUCUAUAACUAUGCCACUAACCAAUUUCCUGGCCUUGCCGUUAAGAGAAAGGUUGAUGACUUGAUCCUGGAGGUGAGAGCCACCACUGCAAACCUCCUUCAAACAACUCUUACAGAUGAGGAUCUGUUGGAAAAACUGGUCGCUUUCCGGAAGGCUACCACCCUGAAGCUGAAACGGGCAUUAAAAGAACACCAGGUGAAAGCUUGUAAUAAAAAAAUAUGUGGCACACUCAACUAUCAAGUGAUGAAUUGCAAAGGAUGCCAUGCGACUGCUGCUUACUGCAUGACUAUAGGCCAGUGCUUUGUUGAUUUCGAGGAACGCCUGUCCCUCCGUUAUGGAAAGCCUCUGAAGGACCCCAAUAUUGCCCGAACUGGAGUUGCUAUUGUCCUUUGUAUGGGCGGAGUGCUCUUUCUGGUGAUGCUAUUCUCGAUUAUCGUCUACUGGAGGAAUUGGCUGUUUCAAUAUAUUUAGUUUGAUGUCCUGCUUGAACAUGUUUAGUUGAAAGACCUACUGUAUUCUCACCCAUAAAUGAUGUCAUCUGGAAAGGCUUCCAAACUAGUCAGACAAUCUUUGAACUCAAAAUCUUCUUCCGACCCACAAAAUGUGGACCCUGCCCUUCUUCAAAUUGCUUACUUUUCCAAAAUAAAUACAAAACCCAG